AAGCAAGAACUCAGCAAAUUAGCUAUAUAUAUAUACACACAUUCUUAAUUAAGAGAAAUUAAAUUAUUUUCAAUUGCAAACAUGCCAAUUUCGAGGAUUGCAGUGGGGACUCCGGCAGAGUUUAGCCAUCCCGGCGCCGUCAAAGCGGCCCUCGCCGAGUUCAUUUCCAUGCUCAUCUUCGUUUUCGCCGGCGAAGGCUCCGGGAUGGCUUUCAACAAGCUGACGAAUAACGGGUCGGCCACACCGGCGGGGCUGAUAGCGGCGGCGCUGGCGCAUGCAUUUGCGCUGUUUGUGGCGGUCUCAGUGGGAGCAAACAUCUCCGGGGGGCACGUGAACCCCGCCGUCACAUUUGGCGCCUUCGUUGGCGGCCACAUUACGCUGUUGAGAAGCGUUCUCUACUGGAUCGCCCAGUGCCUCGGAUCUGUCGUUGCCUGCUUGCUCCUCAAAUUCUCCACCGGGGGAUUGGAAACUUCAGGGUUCGCGUUAUCGGCGGGGGUGGGGGCAUGGAAUGCGGUGGUGUUGGAGAUAGUGAUGACGUUUGGGCUGGUGUACACGGUGUACGCGACGGCGGUGGAUCCAAAGAAGGGGUGCAUAGGCACGAUUGCACCCAUUGCGAUUGGGUUCAUAGUGGGUGCCAACAUAUUGGCCGGCGGGGCCUUCGACGGUGCGUCCAUGAACCCGGCCGUGUCCUUCGGGCCAGCCGUGGUGAGUUGGUCGUGGGCCAACCACUGGGUGUACUGGGUCGGCCCCUUCGUCGGCGCCGCCAUCGCUGCCGUCGUCUACGAGCUGUUCUUCAUCGGGGAGGCAACGCACGAGCAGCUCCCAACGACAGAAUACUAGGAAGCUAAGAAUGAUAAUUGGAAUGAGUACUGUCUGGAGAAGAGUGAUGAAAAAAAGGAGGGGUUGUUGGGAUUUGGGUUGUGCUUGGGGCGUGGAGGUGCGUCAAUGGCAGUGUGAGCUAGUGCUGCUGUGGUUGUUUGCAUGUAGGUGUGUCAUGUGUGGGCUCUUGUAAAUUGUUAAAUUGCAUGUUCAUUCCCGUCAACUAUUUUACCUGGUCUUC